UGCCCAACUGGACCAUUUUCUGAACGUCAAAAAAUGCGAGUUUGGAUCGUCUGGAAUUAGGAGUGAAAUUGUUGUGCAUUUUGGUGGAAAAAUCACGCGAAAAUCUUGUGCAAUAGCCCUCGUUUUUAAUCGUUAAUUUGUUACAAAACCCUCCCGUGAGCCCCAAGAGGUGGUGCACAGGUGAUUUCGAGUAUUUGGUGGUGCGCCACGGAGGCACGAGCGCGCAUUCUUUCACCGCAACUCCGGGCUGUGUCUUUUAAUGAAUUCGCUGCUACCGCACAAGUGCUCCAUUUCCGGGCAAUUUUCCCAUUAAGGGCUAAACACGGUGGGACGACAGCUGGCAGAGGCGAAGCGAGGGGAGUGAAGAUCAAUUGAGUAGCUGUGGAGUUUGGCGUGUGCGUGGCGAUUGCAUCCGGGGAGAGCGACAUUGGGAUGUUGGUGGAAUCUGUGGGUGUGCGCGGAGGACGAAAAAGUUGACGAAGGGACGUGCGGAAUGGAUUCAUCGCCACGCAAUGCCCUAUUCCGGGAGAUCCACAAGAACACCUGGCUCAAGAGGAUCACGAGUGACGUGAAGAAGCUGACGGUUGGUGCAAAAAGAUCAGAAAAAUUCUGGGUUGUCUUCUGUGUCCACGAUGAUUUUGAUGCACUGCUUGAGGGCUACAUGGAACCCCGUAUGGCUCCAUCGCAUUCACCCGAGUGGACAGUCUCCCUCCAGCAGACACAGCACAUUUCGCACGCUCUGGUGCCAUUGGAGCAGGAGUACGAGUUUGUAAUCACCCUGAGUUCCGAUGUUGUUCGCUUCAGCGCCUCAUCGUGGGAAAUUAUGCAAGAAUGGGUGGAUACACUGCGCUCCAAGUUGCGAGAGAUGAAGAUCCUUUCGCCACGGGAGAAUAUCUACAGCAAAUUACCGGAAAUUCGUCCACCGCUCCUGCCAACAAGGGAUCCAACAUCACCACUGCCAGCUCCACCACCUGUUCCUGCUGCCCUUGUUCCGGGCAUUGAGCGUAUUGUCCCCCCCACAACGGUGGCAGUUACAACAGCUGCAAACACCACAAGUGGUCAGAAUACUCCAACCACUAGUGCAAUGUCCAAUACUCUCACACAGAAUCUCAUUGCAAUGCUCUCGAGUCCCAUUGCGAAUCUCCGGCAGCACACAGACGAUGCACAAGCAUCCGGAAGUAGUCCACGUGCUGCAGCAACAACAUCCACAGCAACCCCAUCAGGUAGCAGCUUAACCAAUGGAUGUGCUAGUCCGGCAAAGAAGGCAGCAGCAAAGCCAUCGGCAAAAGUGCAGCAAAGUCUAGCGAAAACCUUCACGGAUAACGUUCUAGCGGACCCAAAUACCUGCCCACCCUCAACAUCAACCACCCAAGACGUCUCCACUGAAGCCUCCACAUCUUCCAAUGGAGCCACAAUCGAUGACAGGGAAUCUGACUGCACCAGCGUGGAAUCCCUCCCGAUUGUUCCUGAGCCAAUCGUCAUUCCCAGACCUCAGACGUCGCAGAAGAGGCGACAAUCGCCAUCAAGAGCGAGUCAGGAUGCUGCGGCAGAAGGUAGAUCAUCAUCAUCAUCCCCUAAGACAAAUGUGACAAUAAUUCAAGUGACUAAUACAGCAAAAUCCCCAGAGGUACCCUCAGAGGGUAUUAGCCUCAAUGUGAGUCCGGAAGAUUCUCCGGAACUUUCAAAUGAGCAUCAAUUUAAAUACAACGUGAAGAUAAAUCCGUCCAUUGAUACGUCCAAUAAGGAGGUGCCCAAGAAAAAGGUUUCGGGAUGUCAGGAGAAAGUUGAAAUAAGUUCCGUGCACAUCCCGAGUACUUCAGCCGCAGCUGGGCACUAUGGGAAGAUUUGUAAUGUCACAGAAGGUCCCAAGGUCACAGUUACGACGACAAAUAGCAAUUUUGCCACAAAUAUCUCCGUGGAAGCCACACCGGCGGCACAAGGAAGUGUCUAUGAGCAGGUUUUUAUCACAACAACAACUGCUGCACCAGUUACAGUGACAACAGCGACGGAUACGCGUGUUGUGAACCUCCUGGCGACACAGGCAAGAUCAGCUAGUCAUUCGGAUAUUCAUGUAACGCAGUCGAAGAGUCCUCCGGAGGCGAGUUCGAGUGGGACUCCGCGGAAGGAUAAGAAAUCCCCGCAGAAGGUGCCAUCGAGGCCAAUGCUGACACGAGGGGUUACCGAGGCGGUCAUUAGUCGCCCGUCGAGGAUUGAUAAGAAUGCCCUGGGGCGAGGAAGAUGCGCCCCGAAUGGUGAGGAAGCAACCACGAGUAUGCCGAAGACACGUCCACAGGCUGUGGGGGCGGCGAGUGGACAGGAUCAGAGGAAGCGCAGUAGUUCGACGUCAGAUGCACAGCAAAGUAGCCGGACAGCACGACCAGCUGCAAAUGCGGGAACAUCCAGCUCGGCAAGGGGUACUCAAGCGCCACCCUUUAGACCACCCCCCGAGGGGAGUUCACAGAAUAUUGGACGUUUAACACUGAGGGAGCAGCAAGUGAUGCACAUGCGACGCGAGAUGAUGCAUCCGGGUGGUGUGAGACUUCAGCUGAGACGAAAGGAUUGCUUAGGUUCCAUUGCAUGGGUGGAUGCUUUUGGGGCUGUUUGGGUAUCUGGAUGGAAGCAGAAGGAACAUCCAAUGCUGUACAAUGCCCUCCAUGUGGGUGAUCAACUGAUCUCAGUCGGUGGGGUGACAGUGGGAUCAGCUGCGGAUGCCAAUAAGCUCAUUAGGAGCUCCCUAGGACUCUAUGUGGAGCUAAUCAUUCGACGUGUUCCCUUUGGGCGUUGCUACGCCAUUCGACGUGAUCUCGAUGGGCAAUGCUUGGGUUUGGUACGUGAUUGUGCCACAGUGGUGGAUCUCGUGCCGAACAGCCUAGCAGCACGUCAUGGUCUUCCGCAGAAAGCUCAAACGUGCGAUGGGCUAUCGCUGACUUUCUGGGUGCUGACGGAAAUCAAUGGGCGCCCACUGAAUCUCUUUGCAAAGGAGAACGAAGUUAAGGAUCGACUGAAUGCCGUUGGGAGGGACAUAUCGAUUCUAGUGCAGCCAUCGGAUCUCGUGGCGAAGCUCAAGAAACAACUGAAAUCACUGAGAAGUCACAAAGACUACAUUGUGCAAUAAAAAUAAAGGAAGGGAGUGAGAGUGGGUGGAAUUGAAGAAAAAACAAAACGUGAUGAAUAGGUAUUUUUUUCUCUUUAAUAUUGUUGUAUAAAGAGACGUUUAGGGAAGCUUUUUGGAGAGAGAGAGAGAAAGAGAAGGAAUCUCAAAGACAAAGAUGACAAAUUCGAAAAAAGGCUGUAGAAAAACAAAAAAGAAUUCCAAUUAAAUGAAGAAAAUUUGUAAAUAAAAUUUUUUAGGCACUUUUACAAGCAAAAAAAAGAUAGAAGAAAAUUUUAGGACUUUCUACAAUAUUUAUGGAGGGAGAAGAAAUGAAAAGAGAAAGAAUCAGUGAAAGGAUAUUUUUGGACAGAGGGGGCAAAGGCAGAGGGUAUAUAUCCACAAGUGAUCACAUAAUACGUAACAUUUAAUAUCCAUUCUCAUGUACAAUAUCAAGUGUAGGUUAUUAUACAAGAAAUUCUUUAAUUUUUUUAAUUAAAAGAGAAUUUCUCAAGCACUCUGUGGAAUCAAUGAUGGUGCCUUUAGAGAGCAAUAAGGCAAUCCUCGCAAAUUCAUUUUUUUUGUGUGUAAGCUUAGAUGGAACUCAAAUUGUAAGAAAUCUCCCCGAGGCCAUAUCUCAGAUGAAAAUUUUAAUGUAGAAAAAAAUAAAAAGCAAGAAAAUGACGUCUCUCAGUUUGACAUAGGUCGCACUUGUAGGUACUUAAAUCUCCGUAUAGUAGAUUUUUUAUAAAAUGUAUUCAUUGUUUCUCUUUACUAGUCUCGUAUGCAGCUAUUUUAAUUCUUAUUAUUUUAAUUCAUUAAUAGAACAUUGUGAAAUUCUCUCAAGAAAAGAAGAAAAAAAGAAGAAGAAGAUGGAAAAGUUGAGUAAAAGGUGUGAAAGCAUUUGUGGGUAAAACAAAGUGAUCAGAAAGUUAUUAAAAUUUUCCAAAUAA